ACGCCACUUACGGCUCACCAUCCCUCACUGUGCUCUCGUUUCAUAAACGCCGUUUACGAACACUUUUGAACAACCAUGGGACUGUUCGGUCCGUCGAAGUCUGGCAGCGCGACUGAAGACCCCGAAAUCCGCCAACUCGAGAAGGUCAUCUCCUCCGAAGCGCGGAACGAUCAGAAGAACGUCGACCAUGCGAUCAAGGAUUUGAAGGGUGCCGGCACCACGCACAAUAAGAGUGUCAAGGCUGCAGACAAGGCGCAGCAUGAGCUCGACAAGGCAAUAGAGAAUGAACACAAGGCUGCUGCGGCGCUGAACAAGGCCGAGCACCAGCAUGAGAGCGCCAUUGCCGACCAGCGCAACGCCGCGAAGACGCUGGAGCUGAAGAAGCAGCAAGAGGCGCGCCUCGAGCAGGACCUGCACAAGCAGCAUGAGGCCGUCGUCGAGAUACAGCAGCGCAAAGCUUCCAAUGACGCCAUGCGCGAGUCCAAGCUCGCCCGUGUUCACGAGCAGGCCGCCUCCCGAGCACGGUCGGGCAGCCUCGACGGGAGCAACGGCCCCGCUGCAUCCGGCGCCGCCACGGGCGCAGGUACGGGCACCACCCAUGUUGCCCACGGGAAGACGCGGUCAGCGACAGUGGGCGCUAAUGACAGUAGUCUGCGGUGAACACACGACGACCCAGUUUACGACAUGUUAUGAUGUGCAUCGUACUUUGGCUGCCUACGCUCGGGCAGAUAUAUACGAUUUUCUUCUAUACCUUUUGUGUUCUAUCCUCGCUUCAAUUAGGUAUCAUAGGCCCUACAAUGAUCCAUUAAUGUCUCUGAUCCCUUCUCACCAAAUGAUGCG